UUUAUCUGUCAAUAUAUGCUUAUUGCGAGACUUAUCAAUUUAUUUUCGAAGUAAUAGAUUUAAAAAAAAAAAUGUUCAGACAUAUCGGUGUGGCGAUAGGUGGUUCUAACGCGAGUAUCGAUCAAACAUAACAAACAGAUGGUUUUGCUUGAACCAUAAUCGUGCAGGUGAAAUUUCCGAAAGUCAAUUCUUUGAAGAAAGUGCGAUUGUUUGUCUCAUCUAUUAUAAUGGAAAACGUGCCAAAAGAAUUGACAAGAAUAAUCGUAAACGAAUGUAAAACGAAAGGAACUCCAGUGACCAAAGAUUUAGCUUCGUUUGUGUUUUCUCUUUAUCAAUUGAACCCAAAAUAUCGUAUAAAAGAAACCGAUGAGGAGAAUAACGCAAAUAUAAUACAAGCUAUAACGGAGAGAUUGUGUGACCAAAACAGACCUAGUCUGGUUGUUCUGAAAAAUCAGCUGUACUUCUCCAAACACUAUCACGAAAGAGAUGAAACUGUCAAGAGGCAUCGAUUGCGAUUGCACAAAAAAACUGUCCCGUUAAUCACGGAGAUUUGCGAAACUACGAAAUUGGAGAAAUGUAAGAAAGACGUGGAAAGAUUGUAUCAGAAGAUAUUGGCAGUUAUUACUCUCCUGAGUGGUCUGGGCAGUCCUUCUGUGCCCGCAGUUCUGAAAGAAGUUUCGGUGGCGUUGCAGAGCAUUUUUCAGGCUUCCGAAUUGGUUCAAUUCGUAACUUUGCCGAAACGAGACAAAGAGGAACAAUUAAUGGAGCUGAUGUGCAUAGUUGCGGGGAUUCGAUUGUUCAACAGAGACUGUCAACGCGGAGGCGAAGGCAUUGACGAUCUUCCGAGCGUUCUACAAGAGGCUCUACCAAAAACCCGCAACUCCAUUGUGGAGUUGUUGGAACCUUUAAUGGCCAAAGUGUACAAGUUCACAGCCGUUGUAGAAAAUGCGAUUACAUGCGCGACCGACAUUCCGAACAUUGUGCGUGACAUUCCGAAAGGAAUCGCGUCCGACUUGGAAGAGAAGAUCGAAUGGGCCAUUGAAAUGUUAACGGCCAGUCGUCAGCAAGAGAUCUACAUUAGGAAGUUACUGAGCGACGUAGAACGCAGCGAGAACGAAGUGAAAAAUCUAAAGGAACGUCUUCGGGAACGUCUCUACAAGCUGCACAAUACCGUUCGAUACAGAACGGCUGUUCCCACCGCUCAAGUUUAUCCGCAAUUUAUUGAUCUAGCGGAUAUAUGGAUGGGCUUUCAAGAUGAAGUGAUCAUCCUGAGCAGCAUUAACAACUUUCUAUGGGAAUUACAGAGUUUGAGCAAUAAGAGUCUGAACGUCUACGAUCAGUCGAAAUUAGAUGACAUAGCUCGGGAUGUGGAGAUUUUGACCGAUGCUGAAAGAUUGGAACGUACCAUGGGCAAUUUAAUAACGGAAUGCGGGGAGUGCUUGAUUUAUUAUCCAAACGUCACCAAUUUUGAAAAAAUUACUUUGGAGUUCUUAGGAUUUUGCGCGUGGACAUUCGCUAAAGGCAAGGGAGCACUGAUACCGGGAAACCCGAAUAACGGUGUGGCAAAAUGGAGAGGAAAAUAUUACGCUUUUACAUCACCUGAAGCAGCAUCCAAAUUCGGCGAAAAUCCCGACAGGCAUGUUUAUGAGGCGCUCGAUUUUGUUCGCGAUCAUCCGGAGUACAUUCAUCUGUUUCAAUUGCAAGAGGAAAUCAAGGCUAUGCAAAGCCAGGAAGAGUUGACCGAAAAAGGACUUCAAUUAAAAGUGCGUCAUAAUCAAAAAGUUCAAACGGACGUUCACAUACUUCCGCCUCACAUCGAUAAAGAUUACACGUCUAGUAUAUGGGAACUAAAGCGACGAGCAUUACACUUGGCAAGAAUAAGUCGGUGCGCUACACGUGGCACGCAGACGUUGAACUCGCAUUUCCAACAUGGUGUUUACGUGCAGACAGCCACGUUUCAGGAUAAGGGAGUUCAAACCAGAAGAGAUAAGUCUACAAACACAAAGAAUCUGAAGACAUUUAUAUUUGGAUUGCGAGGCAGGCGGGAUGAUAACCAGCAUGUUUUAUCAUUUUUGGAAGACGAACUUGAACAUUUGUGAAAUUUAGAUCAAAUAAUACGAUUGAAUAUGCGAUAUUUUUACGAUGUCAAUUGUGAUAUAAAAUUUUUUUUAACGUGUACAUUAUAAAUAUAAUCUAUAUAAACACACACUAUUAUAAAAUGUUUAAUUUUUAUAUACAAUUAAUUAUAAUAUUUGUUUGGAGAAUAUAUACUGGAAUGUGUACUAAAGGAUUACAUAUUGGAUCAUGUUCGAGAAGGAGUACGUACGUGCCAGAGGAAAACACUACAAUGAAUCAACGCACAAUGUAAAAAAACUGAAAGCAAUAUUUUUUAAUGAUACACGAUAAUUCCAAAUACAUUUCACAAAACAGUUUAGUUUCAAAAUCAUUCGUCUUCUGUCUUAGGAAACCAAUUGGCAUCGUAAUUCGUCGUUCUGUGCGCACACACAUAUAUAUAUAUGUAUAUAUAUAUAUAUAUAUAUGCAGCCGCAGAUUGUAGUGACUCCGUAACUGUGUGGCUUUUACCUGACUUAGGCCAACAUCCUUAUUUAAAUUUAUAUAUGCAAAAUACACACAAACUUUACACAUGCCGAAGCUCGGACAGACAUAUUAGGAAUCCGCACCUCGCUCUGUGAGCCUAUUUAGUUUAGUUUCCUACACUUCAACUUACAUACAGUGAUCGCUGUAUAAUGCAAUGACUUUAAUAUGCUACCGUAUCUUCCAGUAAAUACGUUACUUUUUACCAUUAAAUCUUAAACGUUAGAUUCAAUUUUUUACAUCGAGAAAUCUAUAUUUACGACAAUAAUUAGUAAUUACACGAUAAUACAAUUAAACUUUGCUUACAUAUUUUCUCAUGUGUAUAAUGUAGCUAUUAUACAGAAGAGGUACAGGAUGUUGAUUUUUCUGUAGCUUCUUUUUCUUUGAAAUUUUUCUGCACUUCUUUCAAACUUCGCCAUACAGUUCUCUCCAUUCUAGAGACAAACUUCUGUCACCUAGUCAGUUUCCAAGUAUAUAUUCAAGAUCUUUUUUUUUUUUUUUUUCAAUAUAAAA